AUGGCGGUUCGCACGAAUAAUUUAUGUAUGUUCACAUCCCUCUCUGUCCUGUACUGUUCUUUCUUUUCUAUAAUUUUAUUUUUGUCUGUCCAUGCAUGUUCUCCCACUGAAUCCAGAGCGCUUCUCAGCCUUAAGGCCGCUUUCCUUGAUACUCAUGGAAUGCUAAAGUCAUGGGAGGGAGAUGACUGUUGUGUAUGGCUAGGUGUCCACUGCGAUGAAAUGGAAUUGGGUGGACAUGUUACUGAGCUGAAUCUCGGUAACUUUAGACUUCUAUCAAAACAUAUUCCUCCUCAACUUGGAAAUUUGUCUUCCUUGCGUUAUUUAGACCUUCACAAGAACCUAUUACAAGGCCCCAUCCCCUCUAGCUUGGGUUUACUCACCAAUCUUACUUACAUAGAUCUUAGCAAGAACAUGAUUAGUGGUCCAAUCCCUCCGUCUCUAGGCAAUCUCCUGUCCCUUAUCGUCUUAGAUUUACAUGACAAUCAAUUGGAAGGCAGUAUCCCAUUUAGUUUAGGCAAAAUUAGCACACUCAAAAGCUUAUCCCUUUCCCACAACAAGAUGAGCGGAGGCCUUCCUUUGUCAUUUGCACAAUCAUCUUCCCUCCUCAGUCUUGAUCUGAAAAACAACCGAUUGAAUGGAAGUAUUCCUUCCUUGCUCACAUUACCAUCUUCUCUGCAAACUUUUUCUCUCUCCAACAACAACAUGACAGGAACAGUUUCAGAUGAAGUUCUCCUCCGCAAUAGCUCAAGCUUGCAGAUAUUGGACUUAUCUCACAGUGGAUUGAAUAUCCACAUUGACUCCACGCCUUGGAUUCCGCCUUUUCAGCUUCAAAUCUUGAAUUUCAGAAGUUGUAAAAUUGGAAGUCCAAUUCCAAGCUGGAUUUCAACUCAAUUUAAACUUGAAAAUCUGGACCUAUCGGACGCCAAUCUUGUGGAAGAUCUUCCACCUUGGCUAUGGAAUUUCUCAUCGGAAUUGAUGAGUUUGAACCUGUCAAACAAUCAUUUGGAGGGUCCUCUCACUAUUACUUCAAUCCCAGUUCCACUGCUGGUGUUGGAUCUGUCUGUAAAUGAACUGAGUGGCCCUUUCUUGCUAGAUAUUCAUAUGCGUCAACUAUGUCAAUUGCAGGUUCUUUUACUUGCACACAACAAAAUCAAAGGACCAAUUCCAGUUUCAUUAGAGACUAUUGCAUCUCCUAUAGCUUUUCUAGAUUUGUCAAAUAAUCAACUAAGAGGCAAUAUCCCCGUUGCUUUGGGUAAUUUGCAGUAUCUUAGCGUGCUGAAUUUAAAGAACAACAGUUUAAAUGGAGAGAUCCCUGCUAGUCUGGGCAAGCUGUCAGCACUUGUAAUGCUCAACCUGGCACGUAAUGAUUUGGAGGGUGAGAUUCCUAAGGAGCUUGGAAGCGUAACACAACUUGAGUCUUUGCAUCUCGAAAAGAACAAUCUCCAAGGACUUCUUCCUCUGUCUUUAGCACAACUUUCAGAGCUGCAGGUGCUUGACGUAGGAGAAAACAAUUUGAUAGGAAACAUUCCAGCUUGGAUUGCCAACUAUUCAAGUCUACAAGUUCUUGUGCUGAGAUCAAACAGCUUGACAGGCAAUCUACCUCCACGGAUCGGCGGAAUGGCCAAGCUUCGAGUCCUCGACCUUUCUUCUAAUCUUUUGUUCGGUGAAAUCCCAAAUACCUACUUAAAUUUCUCGGCCAUGCUCGAUGUAAACGAAACUAUGUCCGUCCUUGGAGAAGACCGUGUGCGUCGCCCCAUUAUUGUUAAAGGAAAUUCAAGAUCAGAAUAUAUAUCUUAUGGCGCUCUUAGAGAUAGCCCAAGGCUUCGAGUUGUAAGAGACGAAGACAGCAAAUACUAUAUAGAGGGCUUGGAUAUAAUCACAAAAGGAUCAGAAUUGUAUUACAGUCGCGUCUUUUCAGGCAUGACAUGCAUCGAUUUGGCAAACAACGGAUUAUGGGGUCAUCUUCCAAUGAAAAUUGGAAAUCUUAAAGGUUUGAUGUUUCUAAAUCUUUCUAGGAACAGCUUCAAUGGGGACAUUCCAGGUAGCAUGGGCAGUCUCAGUCGGUUGGAAUCGCUGGACCUUUCUUUGAACAAUUUUUCAGGAAAAAUUCCAUUCCAGCUUGGUUCUUUGGAUUAUUUGGGAUAUUUAAAUCUUUCUUACAACAAUCUGUCAGGGGUGAUACCACUGCAAGGUCCUCACAUGAUAACAUUUGGUAAAACAGUAUUCUCAGGAAAUCCAAAUCUGCGCGGAUGCCCUCUUGAAAGCUGGAAGUGUUCUCCCCCUCGUUCACCGCACUCUCCUCCUACCAUUGCUGUCAAUGAAGAGGCAAACCAAGGAUUUUCAUGGUACCUGCUGAGUAUUGGAUGGUCAAUUGCAGCAGGAUUUUGUGCCGUGGUGUUGGCACUCAUUUUUAAAGUGAAUUGGAGAAAGAAGAUCUUUGAUCAGAUGGACAGAGUUAUAGCAUUUCUGUUGGGGGAGAGUACUAAUCGGAGGUGCUCAAGUUAG